AUGGCGUCUUCUAGGGUUCUAGCAAGGGAAGUGAAGAUGGAAAACACAACAAGAAAGCCAAAUUGGCUUGAACUUCCAAGAGAUGUCACAUUAAACAUGCUGCAGAGGCUUCAUACCGUUGAAGUAAUCACAAGUGCAUGUUUAGUGUGUCCUUUAUGGUGGAAUAUCUGCAAAGAUCCUUACAUGUGGCGCACCAUUCGUAUGCCCGAAUUCUACCAUGCACACUAUAAAUGUAUGGAUUGGAUGAAGAUGGCGAGUAAUCUAAGGCGCCUCCGGAUUGUAUAUUGUGACAAACUUUCAGAUAAAGGAUUUAUUGAAGUUGUGAAGAAAUUUCCAUUGAUUGAUGAACUGGACAUUUCAAACAACUAUCUAUCUAAGCAUUCUUUUGAAGCUGUUGGGUCAUGUUGCCCUUUUUUGAAAACACUGACAUACGACAACGAUGUGUCCAUUUACCAGAAUGUUGAGGCAAUUGUUAUCGCUAAAACAAUGCAUGGAUUACGCAGUCUUACAAUUUCAGGAUGGAGGCUUACAUCUGUUAGGGUUGUUGCCAUUCUUGAUGGAUGUUCUCUCCUUGAAUCUCUUAACCUGGAAUAUUGUUAUUAUAUGUCUUCAAAAAGUACAAGUUUGAGUCAAAGUUUGAAGAAAAGGUGCAGUGAGCAAAUCAAAUCAUUCAUUCCACCAAUACUUGAUGGCAAUUAUUGUUAUCCUUGUGAUUAUUACUUUGAUGAUUUUAAUUUUGAUUGA